CCCCCCCCCCCCCCCCACACCAAAGUACUUUUGCGGACAAGGUGUUUGCGAAUGAGAUCAAUAUCGCUGUACAUAACAGUGAUCACUAUUACCAGGCUUGCUUGUUUCAAGAAGCCCUCAUUGUUGGCUUUCUUCAACUUCAAGCUGCCAGGGACUGGUAUAGGGUUUCCGGCGGUCCUUGUGGUAAGGACCAUGAUCUGGUGCUGCGCUAUAUUGAUGUGCACACACGUCUAAUUAAUUGCUCCAUCUGUCCACACUAUAGUGAAUAUGUCUGGCGAGAAUAUUUGAAACAGGAGGGUUUUGUAGUAACUAAUUCAGACCAGCUGCAGCCUUGUGACUUCUAUGAGAAAAUGGAACGUACCUGCUCCUGGAGUAUGGGAAUUCAAAGUCUUCAGUUCUCAGAUAAUGUUCUCACUCCCACGUCUCAUCCUCCCUCUGAGCUUUUGUACCAGCAGAAAAAGAAACAUCCAUUUAAGUUGUUGUCCAGGAGAAAAUGGAACAUUCUGAUCUUAGAGAACAAAAACCAAAUGAUGCUCAACUCCCAGGUUAACCUUGCUCCACUAUAUCAUCCUCCCUAUGAGCUAUUAUUUCAGGGCUCAUUCAAGAAGCUAAUGAUUCAGGCAAAACGUACUGCUUCUGUCGAGGACAAAUGGUUCCCGGUAAACUUGCAAUCGACUAAGGAAAUAAGCUCACAUAUGAUUAAUCAAGACACCUGGGCUCAUGAAGCUGUCUCGAAAAUCAUCAGCACUAAUUUUAUCUUCUGGCAGGCAUAUGAUGAUUCAAAUGAAGUCAGGAAGAUUUGCACCUACUACAACUUGGUAUAUACACCGGUAGUGCUUAUCAUUGACCCCAUAAAUGGUGAAAAUAUACGUUCGUGGUAUGGAAUGGUUCAACCGGAAUGUCUGCUGGAGGCAAGUCUACAAUUAACCAAUCACUUGUCAAACUACAGGAACCACCUAGAUGAUAUACAGUGAUCAAAAAUUUUAUCUGAUCGAACGGGAGGAUUAAAGAUAGGCAGUAGCGAAGCCAGCUAGUCGUGAAUAAAAGUUUUUGAUCAGGUUCGGGCCUUUUGUUCACAAGGAGCAAGAUGCUGAUGGAAAAUAGCAAUGGAGCCUUUGAAAUCAAUAAAACAGAUGUCUUCAUUUUCACGCAGGGAGUAGCACUAAAUCUUGGAUAUCAGAAGUACUCUAGGUUAAAUUGUUUGAGGAAGCAGAACACGAAAGACUUUGAAGAAGAUGUAUUAAAAAAAAAGACUUUGAAUGUUUGAAGAAGAUGAACUUGAGAGGAAAUAAUUAACGGCAGACGGAGUAAUAUAUAGACGGUCGUCAGCCUCGAAAAUUAAGGGUGUAAUUAAUAGUUAGGUGCUGAGGUGUGUGAUUAAUGGCUGAUGGAUUUUGAUGGA